AUGUCAUCAUCGAGCAGCAACAAAACCCAGCGCUGGCCCAGUGAAGCUCACAGGGGACAAAAUGGCUUCUGCGAUAGCUACGAGCCGGCAGACAAGGAGCACCCCAGCGACAGCACGCUUAGAAACGUCAGAUACGCUCAGUGGAUGCUGGAGUACAAAGGUGUUCCUCUGCCCAGUAAAGAAAAACUCCGGGAGCUCGGUACUAAGAAACCAUCGCCACCCGACACGCUUGACUACGUCGAUGAAAAAAUUAGGCAACUCAAACGUCAGCACGCGCGAGAUCUCGAGUCCCUGUUUGCCUUCCAAGCAGAUGAGCUCCGUCAAAAGAUGCUUGACCAUAGGCGUUGUAUCGACGAUUCCGCAUAUAUGGAUAUCGAUGAGAAUUACCCAGACCAAGUCGAGUUUAGAGAGGCCCUGAGGCAACUUGACCAACGGAUGCGCGACGAUCCAGCUACCAAGCUUGCCCUCGAAGACGCCUUAUCCACAUUGCGGUACACGUAUCUCAAGACACUCCUCCCUCUCAUCCGUCGAAGGCGGGCCUUGCGAGAUCGUGAGAUCAAAAUACGCAAGCAGCGCGACGCAUCAUUUCCGCAGAGCAUCGAGGAAUACCAUGAUAUUGCAGAGAGGGAUGUACAACUCCGUGUGGCACGGUUCCUCGCAGCCGACAAUACGGAGCAAGAGAGGAUGAUGGACAAGUUUGGAUGGGCUUAUAGGCAGGUUGACCCGCUUCGCACGGCGUACAAGUCGAACGAGUUCAGGGCGGAGAUACAGAGUGCACUGAAAGACAUUCAGGCUUCCGAUCCUAGGAGACGAGUUAACAAGCAACUAACCAUUGAGCCACCAUUUCCGUUUACGAAGUUCUCACCCUUGCAGUGAUGGUGUAUACACGUGUAUGUAUGUCAUUAGGCCCACUGAAUGCGACAUAGGUCAUUUUCCGUAAUUGUCAACCCUUCCAUCUCGCACCAGCUAUCCUCCAAUGGAUUUGGUAUUUUAGUGACUCGUCACGAUGAUCCAGAUCAGUAUCACUGGACCGGCCCUUCCGUCGUUCGCCCCUCAGGAAGCAAUACACCUGGAAGCCCUCCCAAAUUUCUACGUAACUGCGCAGCAUGCUAGUGGCAAUAUGUAGGACGCAUUUGAAUUGCCACGAGCCGAUCCAGUGUGAUGCGGCGACGAGGCGGUUGCUGCAUCGGACAUAUGCCAAUGGGACUUCGUAUUCAGAGUGAGUCCUUUCAAUUUUGAGCAAUCCAUGGCCCUUGCUAGCUGAAAUAUCGAAAUUUGUGGGGCAGCAGUCAUUGAAUGUGCGGA